AUGCCCAAGAGGCUGCGCCAGCUGCUGAAGGAGGCACCAGACUGUCUCAUCGGGCCAGGCGUGUUCGACGGUAUCUCAGCGCACGUCGCCAACAGUGUCGGCUUUGACUACCUAUACCUUGCGGGGAGCGGUGCAACGGGAAGCUUCUGCGGAGAGCCGGACUUGUCCGUCAUGACUGCAACAGAAUUCGCCCAACUAGCGCGCAUGAUCGUCGAAGUGUCGGACGUCCCCGUCAUCGCCGAUGCAGACACCGGCUUCGGUGGGCCCCUCAACAUAGCGCGCACCAUCGCGCUGUACGAGUCCGCCGGCGUCGCAGGCUGCCACAUUGAGGACCAGACCUUCCCGAAGCGGUGCGGCCAGCUCGACGGAAAGGAUGUCGUCGACAUCGACACCUACACCGAGCGCAUCGCCGCCGCCGUGCGCGCACGGCGCAACCCGGACUUCGUCAUCCUCGCAAGAACGGACGCGCGGAAUGCGGCGCAGUUCGGCGGCCCGAACGCGGGGGAAGAGGCGUUCGAGGAGGGGAUUAAGAGGCUCAAGGCCGCGUUGGAUGCCGGUGCGGAUGUGGCCUUCAUGGAGAGCCCGAGGGGGAAAGACGAGUGUGCGCGCCUCGUAAAAGCUCUGGAAGGAAGGCCCGUCAUGAUAAACGUCCUCCCAGAUGGUCUUACCGGUAACCUGACCGUAAGGGACGUGAAAGAGCUCGGCUUCAGAAUGUGCAUGUUCCCGUGCACAGGAUUCAUUCCCGCGAUGCUGGCCAUGCAGCGCUCAUACAAGAUGCUCAAGGAGGAGGGCUCGGACCUUAAGGCAUGCGAGGGCCGCACCAUCAAGAACUUCUUCGAGCAGGUCGGGCUAAAGGCCGCUUUCGACUUCGAUAACGACGUGAACCAGUUCAUAAAGAAUGAUAUACCUGGCAGCAAAUACGAGAAUCUAUCGUCCCAUGAUCUGUUUUAGUGGCGCCCGAAGUAAUGAAGGACGUUAGUCGCUGUGUAUGUUAUGUACUUCCGAGACUUGACAUUUAGUCGCCGAGUGCGUGUAAUUGCUUCGUGUGUAUAGUAAGUCGAAGUAGACAGAUCUCACACACCUGAAAUCCGUCGACUAGAUCUUGAUC